UCUUGGACGUGCCCGGUACAUUAUGUCGGCUGUCAAUGACACCAACUCUGCAGUGUUCCUGCUCACCGGGAUACCUGGGCAGGAUGACGUUCAUCUCUGGAUCUCUGUCCCCUUCUGCUUAGUGUAUGCUAUUUCGAUAGUAGGAAAUUCAGUCAUUCUGUUCAUUGUAAAAACAGAUCCAAGCCUCCAUGAGCCCAUGUACAUUUUCCUUUCCAUGUUGGCCAUCACAGACCUUGGCUUAUCGAUAGCCACCAUACCAACGAUACUCAGUGUAUUCUGGUUUAACUCUAGGAAAAUCAGCCUCAGUGCCUGUUUUGCUCAGCUGUUCUUCAUCCACUCGCUUUCGUUCAUUGAAUCCUCUGUGCUCCUUUUGAUGGCCUUUGACCGUUUUGUUGCGAUCUAUAACCCGCUGAGAUAUGCUUCUAUUCUAACCAGGCAGAGAAUAGCUAAGAUGGGACUGGUGUGUGUGCUAAGAGGAGUAUCCGUAGAGUUCCCGGUCCCCUUUCUCCUAAAACGGUUCCGAUACUGUCGAGCCAAUAUCCUCUCCCAUUCCUACUGCCUGCACCAGGACGUCAUGAAGAUGGCUUGUUCAGACAUCACCAUCAACAGCAUCUAUGGCUUGUUCAUAAUAGUCUCCACGGUGGGUUUGGACUCGCUGCUUAUCCUGCUAUCAUAUGUGAUGAUCUUCAAAACAGUGCUGAGCAUUGCAUCUCAUACACAACGGAUCAGGGCCCUGAACACCUGCUUCUCUCACCUCUGUGCCGUCCUGCUCUUCUACACACCAAUGAUCGGCCUGUCUGUGAUACACAGAUUUGGGAAGGGCUCUUCUCCCUUACUUCAGAUUCUCCUGGGUUACAUCUACGUGCUGGUCCCACCACUGAUUAACCCAAUCGUGUACAGUGUGAAAAGCAAACACCUUCGUGUGAGGAUAAUCAGGGCAUUCAUCAAAUGAAUGGUUAGUUCAUCACCAGGCUCCAGCGCUGGUGACAUAGGAGACGAACACAGGCCACCUGGACCUUACACUUGAGCUGACAUGAGUUACUGAUCUUCACUCUGUAGGGAGAUGUUCAGAUGGGGUCUAAGGCAUGAGGCUAGCUGAGAGGUACUGAUAUGGGAGGACAGUGCACUGGGGAAAGGAGACCAAGGCAGGCAGCAGCAUUUACAAAGUGACUGUGUCCGUGGAAAGCCAGGGGACUGGUGGGAUUUUGCCCCAUU